UUUGCCCGAAGAAAAACACUCACCUACUCCCUUUGUAUCCCACUCCCACAUAACCAUAACCAGGGAUCUAGAGGUUCUGAUCAUUUUUCUUCUUCUACUUCUGAAAUCGAUCACCGUCAUUCACUAAUGGAGACUUCGUCUGAAGUACAACAAGAGAACAAGAAAGCAUCUAUAAUUGAUGGUAAAGCCAUAGCUCAAACCAUACAUUCUGAAAUCGCUGCUGAGGUUAAACUUCUUACUGAGAAAUAUGGCAAGGCUCCUGGACUUGCUGUAGUUAUAGUAGGUAGUAGGAAAGAUUCUCAGACCUAUGUGAAUAUGAAAAGAAAGGCUUGUGCUGAAGUUGGGAUUAAGUCAUUUAAUGUUGAUCUUCCUGAACAAAGUUCCGAAGCUGAAGUCAUUGCUAAAGUUCACGAGUUAAAUGCUAAUCCUGACGUCCAUGGAAUACUGGUACAACUCCCCUUGCCUAGCCAUAUAGGUGAAGAAAACGUGUUGAGUGAGGUCAGUAUCGAGAAGGACGUAGAUGGAUUUCAUCCUUUGAAUAUUGGUAAACUUGCAAUGAAAGGCAGAGAACCCCUAUUUCAGCCUUGCACCCCAAAGGGAUGCCUUGAACUAUUAAGUCGUAGUGGUAUAAGUGUGAAGGGCAAGAGGGCAGUUGUUGUUGGUAGAAGUAAUAUAGUUGGUUUACCUGUUUCAUUGCUUCUUCUGAAAGCUGAUGCUACUGUUACUAUCGUUCACUCACGUACCAGUGCUGCUGAUUCUGAAAGCAUCAUCUGUGAAGCAGACAUUGUGAUUGCUGCCGCCGGACAAGCAAAUAUGAUUAAGGGUGAUUGGAUUAAACCCGGUGCUGCUGUUAUUGAUGUUGGGACAAAUGCUGUGGAUGACCCAAGUAGAAAGUCAGGUUACAGGCUAGUGGGGGACGUGGACUUUAAACAGGUAUCUAAGGUAGCGGGAUGGAUAACUCCAGUUCCUGGAGGUGUGGGCCCAAUGACUGUUGCGAUGCUACUCAGGAACACCUUGGAUGGUGCCAAGCGUACAAUGUCUCAGUAAACUCUCUAUCUGUGCUCCUCCUUGAACAAAAAUCCCAUAAAACUUCUGGUAUAGAAUAAGAUAGUUCUGGCCUUUCUUAUUUGAUUUGGUUUAGACUCUGUAAGAAGUUCGAUGGUUUUCAACUUUUCAUAUUGAAUUCAAUAGUCCAAUAAUAUCUGCUGAAGGUGAGUGUUAUAACUGAAAGUAUAUGAUUGAAAUGGA